UUUCUGUUCAGCAAGCCGUUAUGACGUUGGAAAACAGUAGUAGAACAGUGUUAGCUGGCGACAUCAUAGAUGAGCCAAUGGAAAUGAUGAAGGCAAGCAAAAAAGUAAUCCUUGGUCCCGGCCUACGAAUAGAAAAGGACAUCGUGCGGGCUAGCAAGUGUGGACAGCUGAAGAUUAAAACUCCCAACACCUUCUGGAUUGACGCGUACCAGAAACGUUAUGUACCGAAUCGUGGCGAGUUAGUUAUUGGCGUUGUGAUUGCAAAAGCCGGAGAUAUAUUCCGUGUGGAUAUUGGCAGCUGUGAGACUGCUUCGUUGUCGUACAUGGCCUUCGAAGGGGCAACGAAGAAAAAUCGACCGGACGUGAACAUUGGUGACAUAGUGUAUGCCCGCCUACUGAUUGCACAUUCCGACGUGGAACCGGAGCUGGUGUGUGUAGACUCCCACGGGAAGAAAGGCAAAUUAGGCGCUCUGCACGAAGGUUUCAUGCUAUGCUGCAGCUUGAACCUGGUACGAAAGAUAUUGAAUCCGAAAUGCACGUUUCUGGCUCAGCUCGCGAAGGAACUGCCCUUUGAGAUAGCGGCCGGGAUGAAUGGACGCAUCUGGACUCGAGGGAGGACGAUUAAAGAAACAAUUGGUGUAGGAAACGCUAUUUUGGCUUUAGAAUAUCUAUCAAAUGACCGUAUACGUGAGCUUUGUGAUGACAUAGGCGCCUAUGUGUCUGGAUUUAUAAAAUAA